GAAAUUAAGUUUUCCAUUUUCCAUUUGUUACUAACUUGUUGAUUCUAUUCAACAACUUGUCUAUGUGAAAUACAGAUUCUGAAAUGGAUUAAGAGGAUUUGGAGUGAAAAUUCCCUAAGGAAAAAAUAAGGGAAAUACAAUAGACUAGAAGUGGCUAAAGGACGUGACGCUGUACCAUGCUUCGCAAUGCCCUAGGGAAAACCUUGCGAUUUCUUGGGUAUACUGUGCAAUAUGGCUGCAUAGCACAUUGUGCCUUUGAGUACCUUGGAGGAAUUGUUGUGUGUUCUGGACCAUCAAUGGAGCCAACAAUUCAAAAUUCUGAUGUUGUCUUUUCGGAGAACCUUAGCCGACACUUCUACUGCAUUCGAAAAGGAGAUAUUGUAAUUGUGAAAAGCCCAAAUGACCCCAAAUCAAAUAUCUGUAAAAGAGUAAUUGGCUUGGAAGGGGAUAAAGUCUGCACAAGCAACCCUUCAGAUUUCCUUAAGAGUCACAACUAUGUGCCUAAAGGACAUGUUUGGUUAGAAGGCGAUAAUCUCAGGAAUUCUACAGACUCUAGGUGUUAUGGACCUGUUCCUUAUGGACUGAUAAGAGGACGCAUUUGUUUUAAGAUAUGGCCUCUGAAUGAUUUUGGAUUUCUACGUGCAAGUCCUAAUGGCCAUAGAUUUCUUGACGAUUAAAUAACUAUUUAUUAUUACCAGCUUUCAUACUACUUUCUACUAAAUCAAUGGAACUAUUUUUGUUUAGAAUAAAUACAAGUAUUACCUG